AUGGAUUCUUCACAGAUAAAAAGGAAGAUCAAUCGCUUUCGAAUUCUCAUCAUAGGAAGAGCGAAUGCAGGAAAAACUACUAUCCUCCAGAGGGUGUGCAAUACGAAAGAGAACCCUGAAAUAUUUAAUAGCGCUGGGCAAAAGGUAACGUGUACAUGCAUUAGUUGGCAACAUAAACUGACAUUUUCUCAGCGUGGAGAGCACGACAUCGACAACGAAAUGAUAUUCCAAAACAACCCAGGAUUCAUCUUCCACGAUUCGCGCGGCUUUGAAGCAGGUGGCGAAUCCGAGUAUGACAAGAUGAACAAAUUUAUCGCGGGCCGUUCGAAGCAAGGAAACAUGAAGGAUCGACUUCACACUAUAUGGUAUUGCAUACCUAUGGACCAGGCAAGCCGGUGUUUUACUGAAGCCGAAGUUAAAUUCUUCUCCCGCUGCGACACUGGAAGUAUUCCAGUCAUUGUAAUAUUCACCAAGUUCGACGCGCUCUACGCCGCCGAAUUCACACGACUGAUAGAAAACGGAAUAUCGAGGAAAGAUGCUAAACAACUGGCUCCAAAGCACGCUGAGGAGUCAUUUGCGAACGGGACACAAGUGAAGUUGCUAUACGACCCUAAGAUCAUCCAACGGCCUCCCAAAUGCCACGUCUGCCUCCCAGACAUGAACAAGGAUGAUGCUGAUUGCGGGGCACUCAUCGAACGAACCGCUGGAACUCUGGACGAUCAAGUCCUUCAGCAAUUGUUCGUCUCAACUCAGCAGACCAACUUAGAACUCUGCAUGACAUAUGCAGUUGAGAAGUAUCUACCCCAUCAUUUGCCUGCCGCGAGCAUUAUUGACUAUCGUCCAGGACACUUGCAAAGCUUGUUACCCAAGAUGAGAUGUCCUCAUCUGGGGUUGAAAUAG